AUGUCGAGUAGAAGGUCAAGGUCAAGGCAGAAGGGAUCCAGUAGGUCGCAAUCGAAGGAUGCUCGGUCGGCGAGCAAGAAGUCAUCGUCGAGGUCGAGGCGGGCAAGCACGCGCGCAGGCGGUGCUCAGGCUCGCGCGCGACUGGCGGAUGACGAGUACCCCGCCCCGCCGCAACCGUCGGCCAUCUCGAACAAGGACGUCUUUCUCAACGUCUACGAUCUCUCACACGAGCCGGCCGUCGCUGCGCUCAACUCGCUGUUCCAGAUCGAUCUGCGGCCGCCUAGCCGCGGCAGAAGGAGUUCGGGCUCGGGCCGGGGAAGAGAGCGUCAGGCAAGCAUGUCGGCGCGCGUGUACUGGUCGGGCAAGGCGAGCAAGUCGCUGGGAGGUGCGUUCCAUGCUGGCAUCGAGGUCCGCGGCAAAGAGUGGUCGUUCGGCCGCGCUGAUCCCGACUCGGACAUUCCUCCCAGCGCCACGGGCGUCUUUGCCGUCGAGCCACGCCUCCACCCGAUGCAUCGCUACCGAUGUACGGUCUACCUCGGGCAGACGUCGGCCGGGUGGCUCCGUGUUCGGCGGCUCAUCUCCCAGCUUAAGGACGAGUUUUGCUGUGGCGACUAUCACCUCCUCCGCAACAACUGCGUGGACUUUUGUGCCGCCGCUGCCGCCGCCCUCGGCGUCGCUCCGCCACCGGAGUGGGUCAAUCGCUGGGCCAAGACCGCGCUCCGAGCCAUGGAUUCUUCGCCUGAGGCCAAAGCUGCCGCGCUCGCUUCACUCGGCAUUGGCCUGGGCGCUGUCGCCGUCGCAGCCGCUUCGUGGCUCAAUCGUGCCCUGGGCUCGUCCGACACCGCGACAUCGUCGUCGACCACCACCGCAACGAUGACGACAAGUGCAUCGACUGCCUCCGAGUCCUGGUCCUCGUGA